AUGUGCGCUGUCAAAUCGUUGCAGGAGAGCAGUGUCAUGUCACGCGAAGUGUUUAUGCGCGAGGCUCAGCUGCUGAAGUCCCUCAACCAUGCGAACAUUGUUUCGUUCCUGGGUCUGUCCUGUUCCAAUGACCCUACUGAUUUGAGCCUAAGCCAUACGGGUGGGUCUGACAGCGUCAACGUCACCGGCGCCGACACCUCGGGCGCCGAGAGUCUCCACAACGGCGGCAAUUUGUCCUACACAAGCUCAGCCAAGACAAACGAACGGGCUGCUCUGGGCGACAUCACCAACCAGCCACACAUGGUGGAUGCGCCUGAGUCAGUGUCUUUCUACAUCUUACUGGAGUACUGCGACAUGGGCGCGUUGAG